AUGGUUGCACUCAAACCUGCUCUUCUUGUUCUUUUCGCCAUAGGCAACGAGGCCCUCGCGGUCACAAGUGACAUUCUCUGCACUAGCAAACUUGGUACUGCCAGCAUUGCGUCCAGUAAAAUCCCCCGGGCUACUACCACCAUCAAAAGCCAGGUCACCGUGAUCAAGAGGGUUAUCCGCAAAGCCAACGUUAUUGUGGUUCCUCAACCUCGUACAACAACCGAGACCGAGACGGCAAAAAGAACUAUCACCACAGAUGCUGCACCUGAGGUCGAAAUAGCAACAAGCGUCGUCACUAGCAUGCAAACCCAAAAGAUAAUUUCCUAUACUACAACAACUUCAACUUCGACUUCAUAUACAACCACAACAAAGUGGACUACGAAGACUGUCGCCGCCCCUGCAGACUUUAAGUUCCUCCACAGCUAUGACAGCCAGUGGGUACCCAAGAAACUUAAGGUCAGAAAGAACCAGGAUGCCUCUCCUGUCAUUCAACCCAACUCUUUGUAUGUCCAGCGAGUGGACUGUACCAAAAGGGUUCCCUCGACUAUUAUUAAGACUGUCACUACUACCGUCCCGGGUCCUCGUAGAACACUGGCGCCUAAGACAAAGACGAAAAUGACCACAACCACUGAAAUUUCCACCCAAACAAACUAUCCUCCCAAGGUUACGCAGACCACAAUCGAAACCGUCUCACCGAUAACAGUAGUCAGAGAAACAGUUACUCGCCAGGCUGCAUCCGUAUCUACCGAGAUAGUUACUGUUGAGACUCUUUUACCUGCUCCAGACUUUUACGAGGCCUGUGGACAGGAUGCCUUUGUGUCAAGUGCAAAUGGUGGUAAUGGGAUUGUUCUGUCGCCAAAUCUAUCUUCUCAAACAGAAGGUAUCACCGGCGAGGCAGCUAAAGGAGCUUACAACUGCUGUGUCGAGUGUAUGAAGCGACCCAACUGUUUACUGAGUAAGGUAUCUGGCGAUGGUACUUGCUUUCACCACGUGUCCUAUGCAACCCCAAACGUUUGUCCCAAUGGCCAGACGAUGUGGUCUUACUACUAUUCAUAUCCAAACAGCGCAGCGGUGUACACCUUUACGAAUGGCCCUUGUGGGAGAAUGGAGAACAUGGGCUUACAGUAG